GCCAAAUCCAUCUAUGCUGAAGCCCUCGACUAUUCCUAUCUGAUUCAUGGAAGUACUGGCUCCCAACUGACCACCAAAACUACCAAUAUACUUAUCGAAGUUACGGGAGUCCAGUUAGAUGUAUGCAAAGAAUUCGCGGAGACCGUGAUAGCUUGGUUGCUAACACAUACCGUCUCUCCACCCUCGGCCGCUCCACGCAGUGAGUCUGUUCCGUUACCUGCAAUGGAUGCGGAUGCGACGGACACGGCACCUGAUGGCACACCAGAUGCACUGACCAAAAAGCGUGAUCUGGUGGUUCCACAAAAUGCGCUUCUGGUCCGUCCGGUACGUGUUGUCGAUUCCGAGUCCGCCUCGAAAUUAAGUUCCAUUUUCCCGUCGCGGCUGGAUUUAGUUGCGGCUAAAUUCGGAACUGUACGGUGA